AUGGUGCAGGUGAUGAUAAAGAAUCUUGAGCAGGUAUUGUCGAUGAUUUUAAAUUCAUUUUGUGAUCCCCAUCCUCGAGUGCGAUGGGCAGCUAUAAAUGCGAUUGGGCAGUUGUCCACGGAUUUGGGGCCAGAUUUGCAGGUUAAAUUUCACCACUUAGUGCUUCCUGCUUUGGCCGGAGCCAUGGAUGAUUUUCAAAAUCCAAGAGUACAGGCUCAUGCUGCUUCUGCAGUGCUAAAUUUCACUGAGAAUUGUACCCCUGAUAUUCUAACACCUUACUUAGAUGGGAUUGUGAGCAAACUUUUGGUACUCUUGCAGAAUGGGAAACAAAUGGUUCAAGAAGGGGCUUUGACAGCUUUAGCAUCAGUUGCAGAUUCUUCACAGGAGCAAUUUCAGAAGUAUUAUGAUGCCGUGAUGCCAUACUUAAAAGCUAUUCUGGUGAAUGCAAAUGAUAAAUCUAAUCGUAUGCUUCGUGCCAAAGCCAUGGAGUGCAUUAGUUUGGUAGGAAUGGCUGUUGGAAAGGAGAAGUUCAGAGAUGAUGCCAAACAGGUCAUGGAUGUCUUGAUGUCACUGCAACAAUCUCAACUAGAUGCUGAUGAUCCAACUGCUAGUUACAUGUUACAAGCAUGGGCACGGCUUUGCAAGUGCCUUGGGCAGGAUUUUCUCCCGUAUAUGGGUUUUGUGAUGCCUCCUUUGAUCCAGUCUGCACAACUUAAGCCUGAUGUGACCAUUACAUCAGCGGAUUCUGAUACUGAAUUUGAUGAAGAUGAUGACAGAGUUUCCACUGCUGCAGUAGAGCAGGGCCGAGAGGUGGUGAGGGGUGACACAAACUUUGUUGCCUUCUGUUUUGGAGUUGUGGUCUGGGUGUUUUCUGGAUUUGUGGCUGUGAAAGCCCAACUGAAAACUGCAGUACCAACACUCCACUCCACACAACCUCCAGUUUACUGCCGUCCUUCCAUUUGUGUUCUGUCACAGGACCGUCUCAUUUUGAGGGGCAUUGAAACAAUCACACUUGGGGACAAAAGGAUAGGCAUCAAGACUAGUGUCUUGGAAGAGAAGGCUACUGCUUGUAACAUGCUAUGUUGCUAUGCUGACGAGUUGAAGGAAGGAUUUUUUCCUUGGAUUGACCAGGUUGCUUUCACAUUGGUUCCUCUUCUUAAAUUUUACUUCCAUGAAGAAGUUAGGAAGGCAGCAGUUUCAGCUAUGCCAGAACUGUUGUCCUCAGCAAAAUCAGCUCUAGAGAAGGGACAAUCACAAGGUCGGGAUGAGACUUACUUAAAGCAGUUGUCUGAUUAUAUAAUACCAAAUUUGGUGGAGGCUUUACACAAGGAGCCAGAAGUAGAAAUUUGUGCAACCAUGUUGGAUGCAUUGAAUGAAUGUAUACAGGUGUCUGGGCAACAUCUAAAUGAAAAGCAAGUACGGAGCAUUGUUGAUGAAAUUAAACAAGUCCUUACAGCCAGCUCAUCAAGAAAACAUGAAAGAGCAGAGAGGGCCAAAGAAGAAGACUUUGAUGCUGAAGAAAGAGAACUACUCAAGGAAGAAAAUGAGCAAGAAGAGGAUCUUUUUGAUGAAGUUGGUGAUUGCUUGGGAACUUUGAUAAAGACAUUCAGGAUAUCCUUCUUGCCUUUCUUUGAUGAGUUGUCCUCAUACAUAACACCUAUGUUUGCUGCUGUUUAUGGUGUUGGUGUUUGUGCUGAGUUUGGUGGAUCUGUUUUCAAACCCCUUGUUGGAGAGGCACUCUCAAGGUUAGAUGCUGUGAUAAGGCAUCCAAAUGCACAACAUCCUGAUAACGUAAUGGCCUAUGACAAUGCUGUUUCAGCCCUUGGAAAAAUAUGCCAGUUUCACCGUGAUAGUAUAAAUGCAACACAGGUUGUUCCUGCCUGGUUGAGUUGCUUGCCUAUAAAAGGUGAUUUAAUUGAGGCUAAGGUUGUGCACGACCAACUUUGUUCAAUGGUUGAAAGAUCAGAUACAGAACUUAUAGGUCCCAACAAUCAAUAUCUUCCCAAAAUUGUUGCAGUUUUUGCUGAG